UUACAGCAUCAUUACCAAAAUCAUUCAAAAAGCGUUUCUCUCGAAUUAAGGUUUUCUUUUUUAUCUUUUCGAAAUCGUCCCAAGAGUUUUAUUGUUCAAAGUCUUUCGGUUUCCCUGAAUCAUCUUGAUCUGGUUUAAUUUGAUAUCUGGAAAAGGAGGGAUAUUGUAAUUCGUGGUCUUGAUCUAAAUUCAUAUAUUAUAUAAAGCGUGAAUGAGAUUGUGAUGGAAUCGAAAGGUGGUAAAAAGAAGUCCAGUAGUAGUUCCUUAUUUUACGAAGCUCCCCUCGGUUACAGCAUUGAAGACGUUCGCCCCAACGGUGGUAUCAAGAAAUUCAAAUCUUCUGUCUACUCCAACUGCGCUAAGAGGCCAUCCUGA